AUGGGUGGACAUGAUCACGACAACAAGAAUAUGAAACAAAACUCAAACAGUUGUGAAGUGAUUUCAAAGCUGCUUCUUCCGGAAGACUUGAUGUUUCAUAUUUUUACUUUGGUUCCUCCUCACUAUCUAUUUAACUCUGCAAGGUAUGUUUGCAAACAUUGGGCUGCUGCUAUUGCCAGCUCCCGUUUUGCUGAAGCGUGUGAACGCUUCCAUGUACGUUCUAAACUUGGUCUUUACGUUGAAAAUCGCAACUCACACAGUAGUUCUUAUUUCUUGGAAUUUAAAGAUGAUGAGAAUGGCCCAUUUGAAAGGACUGAUUUGGGAACGCCUCAAAAAAUGGGAUAUUUAAUCGGUACUUGUGAUGGCAUAUUGCUGCUUUCGAAUAUGGCUAGACAUAUUGUCGUUGUGAACCCCAUCCUCAAGUGUUGGCUUAGAAUUCCCCGUUUUUCCAUUUCACAACAUCAUAUAGUAGUUGCCUGUCAAUGUACUAUAACACGUGUUCCUCGCACUGCCAAAUUCAAGCUUUUCCAUGCAAAUGUCCUUGUGGUUUUGGGUGUUUCUUGGUAUGUUUUCUAUGUGCUAAGGAUUGGAAUAGAUAACUCAUGGAAAGAGAUAGCUAGAAAACAAGCUCCCCUUCAUUGUAGUUUUUCGGGGAAACCACUUUAUAGUGGAGGCAAUGAUCUUUACUGGAUAACAAGCAAGGAAGUGAUUCUGAUGGAUGUUGACAGAGAAAUUAUUGUACGAGAAUAUCCACUUCCUCUUGAAAUGAUCUUGUAUUAUAGUCCACUUGCGAUACUUUUAUGGAUGGGAGGUCGUCUUUCUUGCACUGCGUAUAAUUAUUCUUAUAUGACAUAUCAAAUCUACAUUUUGGAUUUUGAUUCUAGGAAAUGGUCUCUUUAUGGUGACAUGGGACCUUUUGAUUUCAUGGCUGCUUGUGGUCAUAAUCUUAAUACUGCCAAUGUGGCAUUUCGUUUUUGGAUCAAUAAUCAAAUCAUCUUUCGAGCAGCUCUAAGUCAAAAUCAAAUAGAAAAUGUAAUUCCACGCAUUACAUACAUACAUUUCAGUUACAAUGUGGAGACCAAACAUUUGACAAAGAUCGAGGACAUUGAUGUGGGCGAUUUUGAAGUAUGGCUUCACACUAACAGUCUAGUUUCUUUGCCAAGUACUCUGGCAUAA